ACCGCAACCACUCACUCUGCAAAAGUCGGUGAAACUCUGGGGGAAGAAAGUUUUCAGAGUGAAGUAGUUCAAAGGAAGUGAGGAGUGUUCGGCUGCUGCCUCAGCUCAGCGGACACUGAGUGACGCAGUUGUGCGCCAGGUCGCUCCGUGUCUGAACUCCAACAGAACAGAACAGCCUCAGUCUUCCCAUGUGGCUGCUGUGUAAACCACACUGUCCAUACUGUAUAUUCGCCAGGUGAAGACCAGGAUGAAGAAGACCAGAGCUGGGGAGCACUAAAAAGAGGAGACUGCUACAAGACAAAGAAGAUCAUGCUGGAAGGAAACGACUAGAUAUUGAAUGAGAUUAAAAUCUCAGGGCUCUGGGGGAGGAGGAGCGGGCUUCACCACUGGAAUGAAGUGGAGCUUCAUUAAUAAACCAAGUGAUGGCAGGGAGCUGGAGCCCACACCUGUGGGGAGAACAUGUUCCUCAUCGAGUCUCUCGAGGGCAAAGAAGGGAAACCUCGACUCAAGUCUCCAUUCCCUGCAGACAGAGUUGAGCCCCUGUUCGUUUCCGCCUCCGGUUGAUGAUGCAGGAAUACCACUAGAGGACGCCAGACACCAGCACAAUGAGCACAUGCUGGAAUACCUCGACCCAUGGAGCUCAGGUGUGGUUGAUGCGUGUAGCACUAUUGCUGCUAAUGCUGCUGCUAUCACCACCUCCACCCUGGGUGUUUCUUCAGAGGAGUCAUCAACAUCAACCAAGUUUCCAGUUCCAGGUGAGCGCGAAGGAGGAGAAGAGGCCAGACACAGACCUGGACAUUUCAGUCAAGGAUUCAUGGAUGUGCAGGUACAACUCAGUGAAGUUUCACCUUCACCUCGAGAAUUUGCUUCUACAAAUGAAGACUGACCACACACUGGAACCAAAGAGACACAUCAUCAACAACUGAAAUACAAAAGGAAGGAAGUACAAAACAGACAACUCCACAAAGGGAACGGAACAACCAGAAAUCUUUCUUGCUGUCUUUUACUGUGAUUCUUCACCCCCAAAUCAAUGAAGCUGCAUGUUUUACUCAACAUGUGUAAGAAAGGAAAGUCAACACACACAUGAAGAUGAACCCAUAUGUUACUUCUGACUUCAGGAGGUAUCUCUUUCCUCGUUUCCAUUUGUUGUAGACUUUAGUCUACCUAGCUGUUAGUGGUUGAUUGAAAAUAUUUCCUCCAUAUUUGUGCUGUUAUAGCUGUAGCUCUUGUUGGAUUUUUGUUCAGUUUUGUGCUUGCCACAUUUGAGUGUUGAGAGCUUGAUUUAGUCCAGUGUUCCAAAGAGACUGGAUGUGGAUACUCACGAUUCAUUAGUAGUUCUCUGGAAAUGGUUGGACAAGGUAAAUAUCAACACUAGCAUAUUUUUCUCAUUGCCACAUGUAUUACCACAUAGCUUUUUGCUCCAUUUACACUUAAUCCAUCUGUGAUGCACGUGUACUCACUUUUCACAGCAUCAGCAAAUGAUAAUCAUCUAUGGUCUUUGCUGAAACUCUCUCUCAUGUUCCGGUAUUUGUGAUCUGGUUCAAACAGUGAUGCUGAGUAGGAGACAACAAUCCAAAAACCCAGUUAUACUGUCACCAACUUUAGUUCUCACCUCCUCUUCUUCCUUGGCAUAUAUCUGAUCUACAAACCAUGGUUCCAGACCUCCAGAAACGUUAGAAUACUUCUACAGGUGAACUGUAUACUUACCUUUUUCUUCCAUAUAAGUCUUCUUCUUAAGGCUGUCAGAGAUAUGCGAGUAAUGGCAGAAAUGGAUCAAAGUAAUCUCUCUCUUUUGUUUUUUUCUCUUCUUGUCUUUUGUCAAGUGUAGGUGAAUUCUCAGGCAAAAUGCUGAGAUGUAAAGAGGUAUGUCUGUUAUAUCCAUGUAAUAGUCAGUAACCAAAGCAAGUCUUUACUAAAUUGACAAUGGCCAUCAAACAUGCAUGCAUACCCUUGGGAAGUGCUAAAGCAGUGACAUGACAGGUGAUGGCAAACAAAUCAUGGUGGAUCUCUUUUUGCUCUUACCAGUGGAGACAAUGCAUGGGAGACCUGCAGAAUUCUAGUCAGCUGAAACACAUAUGCUACAUGGAUAUGCUUAAAAGAUUACGGUAUUAUAGUCAGUCCUUUAUCCAAGACAUUUACAAAUAUAGUGGUUGAUGAAUGUCUGCAGGAAUCACAUUUUCUGAAAGUGCAACAUUCUUUGUUUCCUCAUGUCUAUACCAAGGUUUGUGAAAUUGAGGAGAACUUGGAUUGUAAGAAUUGGCAUGUUCUUUCUUGCUUUUUUUCUUUGACUGCAUGAAUAAUUUUACUGUAUCCUCCUGUUUGAGGUUAAAUUGGACUUCUGUUCUGUUUGCCUGAUUUGAAUUUUUAUCACAGUAUUAUAAAAUGUACCCCAUAAUGAGAUGUAAAUCUUUAAAACGUCUCCAUCCCAAUUACUCCAACCCACUUAUGGUAGUUUAUUGCUUUUAUAAAUGUUUUCCUGCUCUGGGUUUCCCUGUUUAAUGACCUGAAUUGAACCAAUCCUGCAUGCUCAUCCGCUACUGUUGAGCUCAACCCAGCCCCAACCGUGCUUGUCAAAUCAAUUCUUGCAAACUGGAGGUUGCAGAAAUGAAUUCUUUUAGCUUCUGUUGACAUCUUUCUUUUCAGGUCAGUUCCAUUACUUCAGUGAGUAUGAUUCAACUGAUUUGUUAAUGAAUGCACCUGUGGAUCUACUUCAACACAGCCCACUUUGUUUGCUGAUGUAUCUGUUACUAAAUUGAAAUACUGUACUAAGAAACAGUAUUACAGUAUGCAAAAAAGAAACCUGAACAUGUGACUAAUCAAUGUCCUUGGCCGGAUUGUACUCUGAGUUAUCAUUUGUCACCAUGGACUUACAACUGUUUAUUAAGGACUUAAAGACUGAUUCUUUUGUUAGUGACCACACUUGACUGCACUGGAUAUAUCAAGCUGCUCGAUUACCACAUCAACAGUAAUAAUCAAUACUCACUGAGGAAUACAGAGAAACUUCUCUAUAAAGGAGGAGAGACUUUAUAGAACAUGAUGGGUGCGGCGCGUGUCAAGCGUCGCAUCAGUGCUGUGGUGGAUGGGCCAGUGGAGGAAGAGGAGGUCAUGAGGCUAGCACAGAGUGCUGCAGAUACGGCUAAGGCAGGGGGGAGCCCAACAGGGUCAGGGACCCCGACCAGUCCCUCCCCGACCCAUGCCCUCAAUGGCAAAGCUCUACCUCUUCAGAGCAACUCCAACAAUGCACGGAGGCAGAACGCCAAUGGAGAUUCAGUUGGGAGAGUAGAAGGAGGAGAAGGCGGGGUGAGAGCAGGAGGAAAGUGCUCAGGGCUAAGGAGUGGAAAAGGCACUAGUAGAGGAGGAAGGGAGGAAGGCCUUUCGUCCUCAGAGCAGGAUUCGCUCUCUUUUUCCACUACCAGCCGCCGACGCACCAGGCGCUCAAGCCGCCGGCCUCGACAGCGCUUUGUGGGCAAGGACGGACGCUGCAACGUCACCUUCGUCAACAUGAGCGAGAGGGGCCAGCGGUACCUCAGCGACCUCUUCACCACCUGCGUGGACAUCCGUUGGCGUUGGAUGCUUGUCAUCUUCACCCUCUCCUUCAUUCUCUCCUGGCUGCUCUUUGGAUUUGCCUUCUGGCUCAUUGCCUCCAUGCAUGGGGACUUCUCCAUUCGGCUUGCCCCCAGUUCAGGUUCCUCUCUGAGAUCAGGAGAGGCCAGUUCUGGAGGAGAGUCUGAUAGAGAGUCAGUUGUUGAGGAGCCAUGCUUUCUCCAGGUGAACAGCUUCAUGGCGGCCUUUCUGUUAUCCUUGGAGACCCAGACAUCCAUCGGUUACGGAUUUAGAAGUGUGACCGAAGAAUGCCCUCAGGCGGUGGUGGCAGUCGUCUUGCAGUGCAUUGUGGGCUGCAUUAUUGAUGCCUUCAUCAUCGGGGCAGUCAUGGCAAAGAUUGCCAAGCCUAAGAAGCGCAACGAAACACUGGUAUUCAGUGAAAAAGCUGUAGUGGCAGUACGAGAUGGGAAAUUGUGCAUGAUGUGGAGAGUUGGAAAUCUUCGCAAGAGUCACCUGGUAGAGGCACAUGUCAGAGCACAACUACUCAAGCCUAGGGUUACACCAGAGGGAGAGUUCCUUCCACUGGACAAUGAAGACAUCAACGUGGGUUUUGACACUGGCACCGAUCGCAUCUUCUUAGUAUCACCUGUUACAGUUGUCCAUGAAAUCAACGAUGAGUCACCGUUCUUUGAAAUGGACCAAAAGACACUUGAGAGUGACUCGGAGUUGGAGAUAGUGGUCAUACUCGAGGGAAUGGUGGAAGCCACAGCCAUGACCACACAGUGCCGUAGCUCCUAUCUGGCUUCAGAAAUCCUUUGGGGACAUCGCUUUGAACCUGUGCUCUUCGAGAGUAAAGACUGCUACCAGGUGGACUACUCAUUCUUCAACAGGACAUAUGAAGUUCCCAACACACCUUCAUGCAGUGCUAAAGAGAUGGCUGAACAGAAAUACAUUCAGGGCUCAAGGUCCUCCUUCUGUUAUGAGAAUGAAGUAGCUCUGCAAUUUGCCUCUCCUGAUGAUGAGCCUGACCAAGGGCCUGAGUGUCCUCUCCCACCGACCCGAAGGCCUUCACUGGCAGAACAUCUCCACUACAACUGAACCUGACAGAUAGCGGGGUUCAAGAAAAAAGAGAGAAAGAGGAAGUUUAGCCAUUGUUUUGUCAGUGACAAGAUAUUACGUCUAGAAUAUGGAGGGGUUAAAAGACCAUUAGAAAACUGCAAGGCUUAAAUGAGAACUAUCAUACAGAUUAGAUUUUUCAGAGUCCCCAGUCAACAGGGGAGAUGAGUUACUACACUAACCUAGUUGUCUGAUUGGUCCUGGCAAUCUUUCAUCAUUGUUGUCUGCCAAGUCUCACCCUGGCCCAUCUCGAUCACAGCCCCGCUCAUCUGGCUCUUGUGCAACAGCACCCCCUAGUGGUUCUAACCACUCACUGCAAGUUUUUUUCGAUCUCCAUUUCAGACUGCUCCUGUAUGCAAUAAAUGGUAGUACACUUACUACUCAGGAAUGUAUUCCACUAUCAUGCUGACUUGUCACAUUAAUGUUUUAUUUUCUUAUGGUAAGUAUGAAUAGUUUACAUUUUGUGAUACUUUGGUUAGGUGAUGAGAUUACUGAUACAGGCUCUGUAAUUUGUAGAGCCAAAAACGAGCAAUAGUACCAUGGAGAAACAGCUGAAGACUGGCAGCGUCUUUGAGCAGUUUCUUUGCCAUGUAAUCUAUGUUGUUUGUUUUUGGCUUUUUUCUUUUGUAAAACAAACCAUGUAUAUUGAUUGUAACAUUUACUUUAUCCAAUCGUUACUUAACCUCCUGUUUUCUAUUGGUUGAAUGCCAUGAGAUAGCACAGUAUGCACUGUAACUUUAGUCCUCUUCACUGCAGUGAUUCACUGUGUAGAUAAUGUUGGCUCUGUCCAACUCAGCAAAUCACCAUCUUUCUAGCACUGCUCUCGACCGUAUAUUUUCAUGUUCCCAGUUGUUAAAAUCAACCACAUGGUGAUGUCUUGCACCAUUGCUUUGGAUUCUAGUAAUUACGGUGUCUGCCCACUGACAUUAAUGUUUAAAAUGUCUUGGCACUUGGGGGAUGUUUAAUGUUUAGGACAGAAACCAAGGCAAAAGAAUCUCUUUGAAGCCAUAGGCUCCAAAUACAGGGAGUGAAACAACUAUGUACCCCUCUGCACAAACUGAUGAGGAUUGAACUGGAAAUCUCAUGACAUUCAUAGAAAAGUGUUUAAUGUUUUUGUGCCCAUAAAAUCAUGUGAUACGCUCCUAAGUCCAGUUGGUCACUGUUGGUCUCUUUUACAAAAUGUGAGAACAGUGUUGCAGAUGGUGCCUUUAUAACAAACUACAGUUUUUGCAGCUGACCCUUCUCCUGGAAUAGAUCAUUUUUAUUACAUUUAUGUGUUUGCAUAACACAAUUUAUGCAACAGUGUGUUUUUGUUUUUACCAACUUCUGCACAACAUUUUUCGAAGUAGAGAACAUGUCUAUGCAAAUAAUUACUGUGAAUCUACUCAGUGAUUGAGUAGUAUGUUAUCAUGCACUGGUAAUAGAUACUUUAAGCUAGACUUUGUAAUGAUUGCACUUUGUAUGUACAUUACAAAACAUCUGAUAUGCUUUUGUCUGUUUUAGAUCCUGUAAUCCAGGCUACUGUAUAUUGUGCUGCAGUACCAAGUAUUUGACCUGUAGGCAAAAGUAGGAAGGAGUGUCAGGAAUGCACCAAGAUAUUAAGAGUUAACCAAUUAACAGCCAGUCGGAAGCUGUUCUUUGUACUUUGCACUUAAGUAAUGUAUGGAGAAAAAUAUCUUUCAUGAAAAUCAUCAUUUUAACUAUGAUAGCACUUUAAUCACCCCAAAAAGAAAAAAGAUUAUUACGUAAUUUAUUAGAUUAAACUAUUAAAUUCUGUAGCUACCUUUUGUUGUUUGUUUGUUUUUAAUGAAAAAGGGACGUCUCUGCUAAAAUGUCCAAAUGUAAUUUCAGGGCUGCCACAAGCACAGAGCACUUCUAAAUGAACAUUUGUUGUAGAGCAAAUAAAACAGUGUCUAAAUUGCAA